CGUCUAAAAUUCUAAGGCAAAAACGUCAAAAACAAUGUCAUAUUGUCUGCUGCUGCUGCUGAUACUCUUAAGUCUUAUCUCAAUUCCCCCGAAUGUUGUUAAUGAAAGAAAUCUAAAGACACUGUUAUGAAACAGAUACGUAUCUUUUGAAGGAGAAAGAAAUAAAAAAAAGGAGAGAACUUUAGAGAAAAAGAUGGUGUGGAUGGUAAAUAAGCAGGUGCAAAUAGGGAAAGGGAAGAGAUGUCACUUAUGGUUAGGGGCAUUAUUAUGCUGGCUUUGUUUCAUGGUAGUCACUCCUAAAAUCACUUUAUCUCACAAACCUCUCCAGUUUGCUGACAUGAGAAAUUUCCUUGGAGUGCCUAAUACUUUGAAUGUGAUCACCAAUUUCCCUUUUUUGCUUGUUGGUGUUGUGGGGUUUGUGCUUUCUCUUCAAGGAUGCUUUUUUAACAUAAGUUUGAAAGGAGAGGUUUGGGGCUGGGCACUAUUUUACGGUGGAAUAGUGGGUUUGGCUUUCGGUUCUGCUUACUAUCAUCUCAAGCCUGAUGACAGUAGAGUAAUGUGGGACACCUUACCGAUGAUGAUAGCAUAUUCUUCGCUUUUCUCUAGUUUCAUGGCAGAGAGAGUGGGGCAAAGGGCUGGAUUGAGUUGCUUGUUUGGAUUACUAUUUGCUGUUUUGUUUAGCACAGCUUAUGCAAGAACAUUUAAUGAUCUUCGAUUGUGCAUGAUGUUCCAGUUGAUUCCAUGCGUAGCUAUACCGGCCAUGGCUUUUUUAUACCCACCCAAAUAUACGCAUUCAAGAUAUUGGCUUUGGGCAGCAGGUGUUUGCCUUUUAGCCAAGUUUGAAGAUGCUCUUGACAAGAAAAUAUACAAUGCAAAUCGGUACCUUAUCAGCGGUCACUCCUUGGAGCACUUGUGCUCGGCAGCAAUUCCUGUUUUGUUUGCAAUUAUGCUCAUACACAGAACCAUUAGAUGUCAAAGAUUAGGUGAUUUGAAAGAGCGCCCGCGUCCUUGAAGAAAAUGGAGUGAAGACUUACAUUUCUGGUGCUGCUGCCAACAGGUGCCUUAGCAAGCAGUGUAGGAAGAACAUUAAAAUGUAGAAACCAAUCUACAUGAAAUCUUUUCCCCGAUGUUAUUUUCAAUGUGCAAGAAAUAUCUUCAUUCCGAGUUCUCACA